AUGAGUUUUCAAAAUAUAGUGUGCUUACAUUUUCCAAGGAUAGAUUGCUUUUCUUAGCAUUUGGGAUUCUGGUGGAAAGGGAAGCAUAAAUAUUCAACUCAAUUAGGAGCUUUCUUCACAUUUGUUAUAGUGAUAUAUUUUGCUUGUUUCACAGUUCUUUAUUGGAUAUAACAUUAAGAACCAGGGUCUUAGUAUUAUCUCAAAAUGGAAGAAUAAGUUGAUUAAGCUAAUAUAAUAGGAGAUAUGAGCCAUUCUAAAUAAUAUAUAAUAGCAUUUGGGUUAUAAAAUAUAUAAAAUUAAAUCGAUUAUAAUGAUAUUUCUUACUACAAUAUUAAGGCAAAAUAUUUUGUUGAAAACACUAAUUAAGAUAUAUUAGAAAGAUAAUUAUAAGGACUAAACCUUCCUUUAUUUAAAUGUAAUGAAAUUUAAAUUGAAGAUGAUGCACUUCAAGAAUUGAAAAAAUUAGAAAAUUAUAUGUGCACUGAUCUUGCAAAUAUAGAUAUCAACUAAAAUGACAUGCUUAAUCAUAUUACUAUAGAUUUUAAUAUAUGUACACCAGUAAACAACUAAUGUAAAGAUCCUAGUAAAAUCAACAGUAUGUUAAAUGAUAAUCUCUUAACAAUAUAUAUUCCCAGGAUAGCUAUUUCUAAAAAUGAUCGAAGUACAAUUACAACAACAAUAGAGAAGAAAUACUAUAGUCUUUAUCAAAAUGCAUAAUAAAAAAUUAGUUUUUAGUUAAGAAGCAGUAGAUAAGAAAGCUCGUAAAACAUAUUACUAUAUUACUAACAAAAGAACUCCUGGCUUAAUAUGAUAAAUUAAUACUAAAGCGUUGAGAAUCAGGUCAAUUAACCUGGUGGAGAUAUAAUUAUAGCAAGUAUAAUCAUAGAUUAUGAUCAAGUAAUAUAGGAUACUUAUAGAGUUUAAAAUUAUGAAAUAAUUGAUUUUAUAGUUAUCAUUGUCAGCUAAACUUUAUUUCUUUACUUCUUUUUCAGCUAAGUUAAUAGUUUGAACUCAUAAAAAAACAUAAAUAAAGAAAUUAACGAUAGAUUACUUCAUAGUAAAGAAGCUGAGACUAAGCUCCUUCUAAAACUUGUUUCUAAGGCAAAAGAAAUACUUGCAAAUAGAAAGAGUGUUGGAAAUAAACUUUAACCAAUUAAUGAUAAAAAAUAAGAUUUUGAAUAAUAUGCAGAAGAUAAUCAAAUUUCUGUUAAAGAAAAAAAAGAUGUAAUAAUGAAUACUGAUAAUUUUUUCUAAUUUGAUCCAAAUAACAUACAUAAUAGAAGUCAUGAAGUUAUUAAUAGUAAUAAUGUUUCAUUUAUUCCAAAUUAUUUUGGCUUUGAGUUGUAGAAUGUUAUUAGACCUGGUAGAUCAAGCAGAUACUCAAUAGCUAACCAUGAGUUAGGAUGUAAUAUGAAAAAAAAGAGUACUUAUGAUUAUUAAUCAACUUUAUAGUAGUUUCACUAAUAAAAAUCUAAUAUGUAGAGCGUUCAUAAUCUAAAUAAUAGGAAAACAAGUAAUAGUAUAGCAAAAGCUUAGUAACAAGGUAUGAAUAGUGCCUUAAUUUAAUAGCCUAGAGAAUCUAUUACUAAUGCAGGAAGGAACUCGCUAUUAAUUCCAUCUCCAAGUCUUUAAAAUAUAAAUUCCUAGAUAAAUCUUUAAGAUUAAAGUGGCCACAUAGUGGCUAAUUAUCCUAUAUUAAAUAAUAACAACUUUAACAAUACUCUAACUGAAAGAGCAAAUACUAUUUUAUCACCUUAAAAUAUUGAUUCAAGAGGAACAGCUCUGAAACAUAGUUUUUAGAAAAAAGAUUUAGAAUUAAUAAAUGACGGUGAUAAUAUCACACCUUUAAUCAGUGAAAAACAACCUAAUUCUACAAAUAGGAAUAGUGUGAGUAAUUUAGUCAAAGUAGAUUUGAAAUAAAUAUAAAAAAAAGAUUUUUCAGUAAAUGAAGACAUUAACAACUAAGAUUUUGAGAAUGAUGUUUCUCAAAACUAUUUUUAAAAUAACCCUAAUGGAGGUUUUCAUAGUCUUAGAAGUAGAUAGCAAAGCCUCUUUGGAGCUUCUAGUUUGAAAAAAAAAUAGUCUUUUCAGCUUUAAGGAUUCAACAUGUUUCCUUAAGUUAAUCACUAAUACGGUGGAGCAGCUAACUUUGUAAAUAAUAGGCUACCCGUUAUUAAUUUAAAUGCAGUUUAGCAAGAUAACAAUAAUAAUAUUGUCAACAGUAUUCAAAAUAUUAAUAAUACUAAUAAUAAUUUGCAAGUGAAUAAUUGCAAUUGCAACAUUCAUAAUUGUAACAAUAAUGUGAACAUUAAUAUUAAUAACAAUAUAACUAAUAUGAAUUAAUAAAAUGGCUUAUGCAUAACUUAAGCAAGAAACUCAAAAAUAAAAUUUGACAAUAAAAGUUAAAUUCAAAAGCUAGAAAAGGUUGAAGAAGACAACGAAAGAGAUCAUGAACAAAGCACAAAAAAAAGAUUUUCGAUUCAAGAUUUAGACUUUGUUUAUUUUUGCUCUCUAGAAAAAGAUAAUUAAGAUAAUAAAAAAUAAAUUCAAUAUCCUUUACUAAAUGAAAUUAACUUGAUCAAAAUAUUAGAAAAACUUAUGGAAUUAGAAAGGCUAAAAAACAUUCUUUUAGACUCAAAAUAGUUAGCUGUUUUUGAAUAUAUUGUCUAGUCACCUAUUCAAAAAUAAGAUUAUUUUAAUUAGUUCUUUAAAAAUACCAAUAACACCACUAAUAAUAACAAUAACCAAGUAACUUAAAACCUCCAUAAUAUAGGCUCUUUUAAUACAACUUCAAGUAGUAGAGACUAGGUGUAUUUUCAUGAAGAAACUAUCAUUAGAGGUUGGAAAGCGAUGGUAGAGAUAGAGAAGUAAAAGAAUAAAUCAGAUUUAGAUUUAAGACUGAUUAACAGUAUAAAUCAGAAUAUUUAUUUGUUAAUUAAUUUGAGUAAUUUGGAUGACGUUCUCUAACAAAGCCAAGAAUAAAAAAAUAAUGGAAAUGAAAUGAUUUCUAAUUAGUUAAUUAAUUUCAAUUAAACAGUUGAAUAGGCUUCUUUAGUUCCUACUAGAGCAAGAGGAUUGGCAGAUGCUAUUAAAUAGAGAAAUUAAAGAAGCUUAUCGGAAUCUAGCUGCAAUAGAAUAAUUGCAGAUGAAAACUUUAAUUAUUGA